UUUUAUAGGGCAGGAGCGUUCAGGAGCCACCAGGCAGGCCAGCUCUUUAGGACCUCAUUCCUCCUGUAACUCAGCACAGCACCAGAGUUGUCUACACUUUUCCAAGACAGCAGAAAAUGAACAAAUCCCAGAUUGAACAGAGAUUCCAGGGAUCGGUAUCAUUUAAGGAUGUGACCGUGGGCUUCACCCAGGAGGAGUGGCAGUGCUUGGACUCAAGUCAGAGGUCCCUGUACAGGGACGUGAUGCUGGAGAACUACAGCCACCUUGUCUCAGUGGGGUCCUGUGCUACCAAACCAGAGGUGAUCUUCAGGCUGGAGCAAGGAGAGGAGCCAUGGAUAUGGGAGGAAGAAUUCCCAAGCCAGAGCCUCCCAGAAGUCUGGGAAACUGAUCACAAGAAAGGAAGGAGCCGAGAAAACCAGCGUAAACCUAUGUGGGAAGUUGCAUUCAUCAGUAAGAAAACACUGACCAAGGAACGAGGUAAUGUAAUAGGAAAACCAUUUAACCUGGACACAAAUUCGUUUCCUUCCAGAGAAAGCCUCUGUCAGUGUGACUCAUAUGGAGUGAGUUUCAGCUGUAUUUCUGAAUUGUGUAUCUAUAUGAAAAACUAUUUAGGAAAAAAGACUGAUGAAUUUAGUGACUGUGGAAAAUUACUAGUCAGUAUUGAACACAAGAAAACUCCUACUAGCGAGAAAAGUGAAUUUUUUAAACAUGGGGAAACUUUCAGUCAGGAUGAGGACCCUGUUGAUCAUGAGAAGAUUCAAAGUGUAGAUCAAACAUUUGAAUAUAACAUGUAUCAAGAAACCUUUCCCGAAAAGGCAACAUUGAGUACGUACAAGAGAGAGAUCACUGAAGAGAAUCACUCUGAAUGUAUUGAAUAUGGGAGAACCUUCUUUCCUAACUCCUCUUUCUUGUUACAUCACAUGAAUGCCUCCGAAGAGAAUCACUGUGGACUGCGUGGUUGUGGGAAAUCGUUAUGUGUGAAGUCUACCCUUUUGAAACCUCAUGGGGCACGUACGAAACCCUCGGAGUGUAGUGGGAGUGGGGAUCGUUUCCGGGGGGAUUUAUGCCUUCCACAACUUCAGAAAACUCAUACAGGAGAGAAACACUUUGAAUGCAAUGAAUGUGGGAAAGCCUUUUGGGAGAAGUCCCACCUCACUCGACAUCAGAGGAUACACACGGGAGAGAAACGCUUUCAGUGUAAUGAAUGUGGAAAAACUUUCUGGGAGAAGUCAAAUCUCAUGAAACAUCAGAGAUCACACACAGGGGAGAAGCCCUAUGUGUGCAACGAGUGUGGUAAAGCCUUCAGCCACAAGUCAGCCCUCACGUUACACCAGAGAACACACACAGGGGAGAAACCCUAUCAAUGUAGUGCAUGUGGGAAAACUUUUUACCAGAAGUCAGACCUCACCAAACACCAGAGAACACACACAGGGUUGAAACCCUAUGAAUGCUAUGAAUGUGGGAAAUCUUUCUGUAUGAAUUCACACCUUACAGUGCAUCAGAGAACUCAUACAGGAGAGAAACCAUUUGAAUGUCCUGACUGUGGGAAAUCUUUCUGUCAGAAAUCACAUCUUACACAACAUCAGAGAACCCAUGUAGGGGAUAAGCCCUACAAAUGUAAUGCAUGCGGGAAAACUUUCUACCACAAGUCAGUUCUCACUAGGCAUCAGAUAAUUCAUACAGGGUUGAAACCUUAUGAAUGUUACGAAUGUGGAAAAACCUUCUGCUUGAAGUCUGACCUCACAGUGCAUCAGAGAACUCACACAGGAGAGAAACCCUUUGUGUGUCCUGAAUGUGGGAAAUUCUUCAGCCAUAAGUCUACCCUCUCUCAACAUUACAGGACACAUACAGGAGAGAAACCCUUCGAAUGUCACGAAUGUGGAAAAAUAUUCUAUAAUAAAUCGUACCUGACUAAACACAAUAGGACACACACAGGGGAGAAACCCUACGAAUGUAAUGUAUGUGGGAAAACGUUCUGCCAGAAGUCUCAGCUCACUCAGCACCAGAGAAUCCACAUAGGAGAGAAACCCUAUGAGUGUAAUGAAUGUGGAAAGGCUUUCUGUCACAAAUCAGCUCUAAUUGUGCACCAGAGAACUCAUAGAGCAGAGAAGCCCUAUAAAUGUAAUGAAUGUGGGAAGUCUUUCUGUGUGAAGUCAGGACUUACUUUACAUCAGAGAAAACACACAGGGGAAAAACCCUAUGAAUGUAACGAAUGUGGGAAAUCCUUCAGUCACAAAUCAUCCCUCACAGUGCAUUAUAGGGCUCACACAGGGGAGAAAUCUUGUCAGUGUAAUGAAUGUGGGAAAAUUUUUUACCGAAAAUCAGACCUUGCUAAGCAUCAGAGGUCACACACAGGCGAGAAGCCCUAUGAAUGUAACACAUGUGGAAAAACCUUCUCUCAGAAGUCAAACCUCAUUGUACAUCAGAGAACACAUACAGGAGAAAACCUUAUGAUUGCAGUGGGUCUUAGGAAUGGUGAGCUGUGGUUCAGUAGCCGCUAUGCUUCAGAGAACGCACGCUGUGGAGGAAGUAAUGUCGAUGUUCUGAAUGUUGGGUAACCUUCAUCCACAAACUGGCCUUAUUUUACCCCGAAGCAGACUGCAAAACAUAUAGGACAGUCUUGUUAAAUAUAUUCCGUUGAAUGUACCCAGCAAAUGUGGGUAUAAAACCUUGCAGAAUUUUGCUUUUGUGAAUGUUUUUUUUUUUUUUUCUUUUUUCUUUCGUGGCAAAAAUACAAACUAGGUUAUGUCAGAAUUUCUAUUAAGGAGAAAUCUUCAAUUUGAGACGUAUAGCUUGAAGAUUGUCUUUAGAAGUAAUAUAACAUUGGAACUUGUGGUUUGGUUUUGAUGCCAUAUUUGUCUUUAGGAAACAUGAGAAAUUGUAAUUUAUAGUUGAAUAUUGUGCAAUGUACAAACAAAAAAAAAGUAGUAAAAUGAAACAAUGAAUUUAAAAGAAGUUGCAGUAA